CUCAAAUAGAACAGUUGCGUUUUGUUUUCUUAAAUAAAUUAAGUUUAAUUAACAGUGAAUUAAGCUAAAGUGAAAAUGACAAUUUUCAAAAUAUUUCAAAUAAUAAUCUUAUCUUUUGUUGGCGCGUCAUUGAUAAAUGGAACGCCCGUCCCUAUUAACCAGACUAAUCCAAUGCAUAUUGAGCAAAUUCGCUACGCCAAGGUAGCAGAAAUGCACAAUUAUAUAAAUACGUCUGCAGAUCCAUGUGAGAAUUUCUAUGAUUUCGCCUGUGGCAAUUGGCAAAAAAUUAAUCCAGCCAACUCUCAAGAGCACAUAACGACGGGUUUCUUUGAAACCAUGAUAAAGGCGUUGGAUCGUAAAAUCGCGAUAAUGCUUAGAAAAGCAGAGGAGUGGGACAAUGACAUUGAUAAGAAAGUGAAGAAUUUUUAUGAGUCAUGCACUCGCCUGGGAGUAUUAAAAAAUAUGUACAAAUCGAAAAUUGAAGAAAUUGCAUCAGAAUUUGGUCAAGUGCCCGCUUUGACUGGAGAUCAGUGGCAAGAAGAUGAAUUUGAUUGGAUAGAGGUUAUAGGUAAAAUAGCCUACAAAUACGGCAGUUCCAUCAUAUUGGGCUAUGACAUUAUGGGCGAUUUUCGUAACAAUUCAGUGAAUAGAAUAUAUGUGGGUCAUCCCGAUUUUCCUUUGGAAUCAAAGUCCAUGUAUGUUAAUGAUGAGAAUGCUGUUUAUCGCCGUAGCUAUCAGAAUCAUAUAUCGGGUGAUUUGCAGCUAUUUUGGGGCUUGAACAAGGAAAAGUCUGAUGUGGUGGCCAAGCAAAUUUUAGAAGUAGAAGUUGCUUUAGCCAGUGGCAUAGCAGAUGAAAAAAUGGGUCUACAACUGGACGAAUUGACCAGCUUAACCACUUUAUCUGAGCUACAAACGAAAUAUAAAUCCCAAUUGGAUUUUGUUAAAUUAUUAAAUAUCUCCCUGGGAACCCUACCAUCUCUAACAGAUCCUCUAUACGAAAUGUUCUCCGAGUAUCAGUUGAAUCUCAUACAAAUAAUAGAAGACACCCCCAAAGAACAUCUGGCCAAUUAUAUUUACUACACCCUGCUCAAAGAGUUCAUGUUGCGCAUGCCCAAAAGGAAGGACGAAUUGGAGUCAAAAUGUAUUUCAACCACCAAGAAAUAUUUUGCCAAAAAUCUCGAUAACAUGGUCUAUCGCAAAUACAAUACAAAUCAAACUGAACAGGAUGUCAAACUUAUGUGGGAUGAGAUAAAGUUUAACUUUAAAAAUUUACUGCAGUCCCAACAACUGGACUGGAUUAGUGAGAAGACACGUAAAUAUGCCGAAGAAAAAUUGGAGGCCAUGAAACUGGAAAUCAAUUCUUAUGCAAAUGAGAAUUUCACCGAAGAAUUUGGUGAAUUGGUAAUGAAUAAACAUGACUAUAUAGAAAAUCUUAAGAAUAUUUUAAUGUUAAAUGCUAAAAAUGGACGAAAAGCCUUAUAUGAACCUCCUAAACCUUUGGAAGCAGGUGAAUUACUGUCCUAUACCCCGGCCAAUAUUAUAGUCGAAAAUCGCAUUAAAGUUCCCGUGUCACUGCUGCAACCCUAUUAUCUAUGGUCUACAUUCUAUCCACAUGCUCUGAAAUUCGGCACCUUGGGCACCCUGAUAUCACAUGAACUAAUCCAUGGUUUCGAUGACACCGGUCGAACAUUCGAUAAGGCAGGCAACAACAUUGAAUGGUGGGAUGACAAAUCAACGGAAGCCUUUAAUGAGCGCAGCAAAUGUUUUGUCAAUCAAUAUAAACAAUACAUCUACGGUGGUAAACCUUUGCCCGAAAUGGCCUCACAAUCGGAAAAUAUUGCCGACAAUGGUGGUUUGCACUUGGCCUACGAAGCCUAUUUGUAUUGGCACGAACAUGCCGUGCGCAACAAUCAACCCAUGUUGUACGAAACUCUGCCACGCCUCAAUUACACCAGCAAACAAUUAUUUUUCAUUAGUUACGCUCAGCUUUGGUGCAGUGAUGCUCAUCCCGCUGUCCGCAGUCUACAGACAGCCAUCGAUUCCCAUGUACCUGGUAAAUUUAGAGUUAUAGGACCGUUAUCGAAUUUCAAAGAAUUCUCAAAAGAAUUCAAUUGUCCAAGUGGCAGUGGCAUGAAUCCCGUUGAUAAAUGUUUUAUAUAUUAGGAAAAAUUAUUAAUGUAUAUUUGUAUUGUUGAUCGAUUUUAAAAGUGUUAAUUGAUUUAUUUUUAUAAUUAAUUUUUUAUAAAUAAAUUUAUUUAAAAAUA